GGAGUUACAGUUGUGAUGGCAGUAAGGAUAAAACCACCGAUUACAAGGAUGGUGCUCAUCCGAGCUAUAUCAUCGAGAUUAAGGAUUGGAGUUUCUUCCCACCUAUUGAAAUACAGAAGAAUGUCAACAGCUCCAGAGGCAAUAUUGGAAGAGAUUGGAGAUAAGGGCGUUAUAACUCUAAAUCGCCCGAAGGCCUUGAAUGCGCUUAACUAUAAUAUGAUAAAAAUAAUAUAUCCGGCUUUGAAAGAAUGGGAAAAUACUAAAUCUUUAGUUAUAAUAAAAGGGGCAGGUGAAAAGGCGUUCUGUGCGGGUGGUGAUGUUGUAGCAAUUGCAGGCACAGCACAGGAUGAAGAUGCAGUUGGCAAUUAUUUUUUCCGUGAAGAAUACAUUUUGAACUGUCUUGUUGGUACCUUUCAUGUUCCAUAUAUUGCUUUAAUUGAUGGUAUUACUAUGGGUGGAGGUGUAGGUCUGUCUGUUCAUGGUCAGUUCCGGGUUGCCACUGAAAGAACACUCUUCGCCAUGCCAGAGACAGGUAUUGGACUCUUCCCAGACGUUGGUGGAUCACACUUUCUUCCAAGACUAGGUGGCCGUCUUGGCAUGUACUUAGCACUAACAGGACACAGGCUGAAAGGACGUGAUGUUCUCAAAGCUGGUGUUGCUACACAUGUUUGUGAUUCAUCAAGAAUUGGUGAACUAGAGGAACAGCUUUUGAAACUGGAUUCUCCCUAUCCUGAAGACAUUCAGGCAAUGUUAAGUAAAUUCCAAGAGGAGUCGACCUUCAGUAAGAAUGAGCCAUUCUCCCUGCAGCCAGUCUUACCCCAAAUCCAAAAGUGUUUCUCGGGUGGUAGUGUUGAGGAAAUAAUUUCCAACUUGGAAAAAGAUGGUUCUGAAUGGGCAGAGAAGCAAAUAAAGACUCUCAGCAGGAUGUCCCCAACAUCUUUAAAGGUCACAUUUGAGCAGAUAGAGAGAGGAGCUCACCUCACCCUACAAGAGUGCCUUUCCAUGGAACAUCGCAUUGUUAGCCGUAUCUUUAAAGGACAUGAUUUCAAGGAAGGGGUGAGGGCUCUGAUGAUUGAUCAGGACAAUAAACCCUCCUGGAGUCCAGCUUCUUUAGCUGAAGUCUCAACAGAAAAAGUAGAAGAGUAUUUUUAUCCACUGUCAGAAGAGGAGGAAUUACUUCUUUAGAUAUUAACCUUAUGCUGAUGAUAUGGUAUCAGAGCAUUGUUGAUUGACAAAGAUAACAAGCCUGCAUGGAAACCAGCUACAUUAGCAGAAGUAUCGGCAGAGGAUGUUAUAAAUACCUACUUUUCACCCUUGCCUCCUGAAAAAGAAUUAAUAUUUUAAGCAGACAAGAGGAAAAAGCCGAAUAGCGGGUAGGAUAGUAUUUUGAUGUGUAUUGGGUAAAAAAUUUAAUAAAUUCGAGUUAUUUUCUU